GCCGCUCCCCGCGCACGUUCCUGAGGGCAGGAGCUCAGCCCAGCUGCAGCCUUCUGGGGGGGCCCAGCUCUGGGUCCCAGUAGCCACGACCGCUAAUCACCGGCUGCGCAGGCUUCCCUGGCUGCACCCGGCGGCAGCGCAGCCCGCUUCUGGCCAAAGCAGACAGUAAGGAACUCCAGAGCUCGAGGGCCUCGCGUAGCGUUAGGAAUCGCCGCAGCAGAUGAGGUAGACUUUAACUGUGGUCUCCAGCUGAACCACAGAGAGACACUGGAUCCUUUUCAGCAGAGCGCCGGCAGACCCGCGGCAGGCAGGGAGCCACGCGGGCGGGAGCAGCCGCACACGGCGCAGGAGAUGCACGCAGCCCCGGGCUUUGCACGCUGCUUGCACACGUACACGUGUGUGCACACAGCUGCACGCUGAGCAUGCGGAAACCCCGCUCCUUGUUGCUCUUGGCUGCUGGGGGGAGUUCAGACAGUGUGAUGCGAGCGUGCCGUUGUAGGACUGGGUGUAUCACACGUUCAUGAGAAAAGCAAAAACCAUCGCUCUUUGAGUCUCUGCUCAGUUAAAUGUGGUCCUGUGACAUCCCUCGUUAAUCUGGUGGCUGCAAAUAUGGAAUAAGGGCUUCUCUCUAUUUAAAUCACGCUCCAGUUGUACGCGUGUAGACAGAAUACAGCAGUAGGGUUCCUGCUAUUUCCAGCUGACCAUCUCCUCCUGGAGAGGUCUCAGAAUAAACCUCAGCGUGGCAGGUCUGCAGGAUCACCUGCCCCUCUGCAAGGUUGCUUCCCCUACCCCUAACCACAUUCAAGUAAAGAAUUAAUGUCAGUAAGGCCUGAUUUCCCACAGCAGUGCCCUUGCAGUUGCCCUUACUUCCCUCCACAGCAGGGAGCGUCGUGCAGUGUUUGCACUCACCAAUAGGUGCCCCUAACGCAUCCCGGAGCUGCUGCCAUGGCGCUUGCUGAGCGCUCUGCAGAAGCUCAGCAGAGGAACUGAUUUUAAAUAGUAGGGAAAGUCCAGUUCCGGUGCUGUGAAUUGGCAAAGGAUGGAGAAAAACAGUGUGAUGAGGAGGUCAUUCUUUGGCUGCCAUAUUACUGAUAAAGGGGACAGGUUACAAGCCUAUGUGCUAUUGAUGCAUUCUGUGAUUCUGUGCUGAGAUCCCGGUUGAUGUGUGCUAUGUAAGGGGCUUUCAGUGAGCUUAGCCAACAGCUUGGGGUCAGAUUUGUAAUGCAAUUGAUGUUGACCUGCUAACAGGCUUAGCAAAUACAAACAGGUUGAAAUUAAUGCUAAUACACUUUUUUAAUGAUCUUGGUCCCACUGCCUUUGCCACUCCACUCUGCCCACAGACUGAGAGCAUUUUUCAAACCCACAGAUCCAAUGACAGCAGUGCGCACACCAGUAAAGGGAACUGUAUGGACAGGAAAGCGAGGGAACAAAGUCGUCUGACCACAGAUGCUGUCAACACACAAAUUUAGGAUCUCCAGGUGAAGUCACUGCUGGUGGCAGCAGAGGUUGGAGGGCAGCAGGCUGCUGGCAGGCAGGGCCAGCAUGCGGGGCAGUGCCUGCAGAAGGUGCAGAUGAAUGGAGACAGUGUGGUGGAGGUGGCCGAGGGGCAGUGUGGUCAGUGGGGAAUGUGACGGGACCUAGUUGGAGAAAUGCUGUUUGUGAGCAGGGUGGGGAAAGAACAGAGGCCUUAUGCAGAGCUUCAUGUUUCUAUGGGUGUCCCAGUCAAGAGAGGCAGGAGUCCCUGUGAGUGCAGGAGGUGUGUCCAGAAACUGCCUGCUGGUGCUUGCACAGGGAUCAGGGAGUACGAGGCAUGGGAUGCAAUGCACCUGGACAAGGCAAGGGCAGCACCUGGGCUCCUGGAGCUGCUGCAGGCUCCACCAGCAUGGCCUGAUGCUGGGAUGGGAGAGGCUGCAUGCACGACACGAAGCCGUGCUCAGCGUGGGGUAAGAGCGCAGAGGGCGGCUCACCCCGUGGGAGCUCAAUGAGACUUCCCGAGGUUCCCCACACCACCGCCACCCCCCGCACUGUGCAAGGCUAUCGGCAUCCCCCACAGCCCUGCGCUUCCCUUUCUCGUUUCACUUCCCCAGCUCCUCCAGCAUCCUCCCGCAGCAGCCACCCUUUCCCCGGGGCCGGUGCGGGCCGGGCAGGGCUCCUCCUCCCCGGGGGCGGCUCCGGGCGGCAGGUGGCUGCACGGGAGCAGGAAGCUGCCACCGCUCAGCUCCCGAUCCCCCUCGCGUGCGACCGCCGUCGGGGCAGCGGAGCCGGCCUCAGCGACCCCUGGAAGACGUUAUUAUUUCGGUUCUUUUUUGCCCCUUUUUUCUUCCCCCCUCUUUUUUUUUUUUUUUUUUUUUUUUUCUUCUUCUUCUUCACCUGACUGCUCUCCACUUGCACUUGAAAGGAUACCUCAGGUUCCCAUCGCCCUUGGGCUCCUGUCGCAGCAGGCCAGCUCCGGACGAGCCUCCCGCCCCGCCGCUGACCGCCGGGGGUGGCCACGAUGAGCGCCGCUGCGCAGUCUGCGGAGCCCGACCCGCAGGACGGGACCCCCGGGCACUGCCCCGACCCCGGCCCUGCUCGGGACGGCAGCCCGCAGGAGGAAUUUGAUUUCUCUAUCCUCUUCGACUACGACUACCUGAAGCCGAUCGAAGAAGAACCGACUCCACAUAAAACCAACAGCCCACCCUCUGGAGUUGCAUACGCUCAUGAUGUCCUGGACUGUGGCCUCAAGCCAUGCCCCCUGCCUUUUCCUAGCCUUUCUGCAGAUCCCAUGGGCAGAUAUGGACAGCCAGAUAGCAUAGGGACAGCACCUACACACCCUGCGAGCGCCGCAGGGGCCUCUGCUCCGAGUCCUAGGAUUGAAAUUACUUCAUAUCCUGAACUGAUUAAUUCAGGGGGUCCCUUCCGCAGCAGAGACACCGAUGUUCUUUUGGUAGAACAUCAGUCAAACUCAGCUACCACUAGCCCAAGGGUUACCCUGCCCGUCCCUGGCUUUGAGGGCUACAGAGAACCACUGUGUCUGAGCCCAGCUAGUAGCGGCUCUUCUGCAAGUUUCAUUUCAGAGACAAAUUUAUCUCCUUGCACAUCACCAUGUGUUUCACCAAAUAAUGGUCCUAGUGAUGACCUUUGUCCGCAGUUUCAAAACAUCCAUACUCAUUAUUCUCCUAGAACCUCUCCAAUAAUGUCACCACGAACAAGCAUCACGGAGGAAACCUGCUUGGGACAACAUUCACCAUCACCACGUCCCAACUCAAGGUCUUCAUCACCAGGUGCAAAACGGAGGUACUCUUGCACCCAGCAGCCUUCCACCUCUCCACGACAGUCAAGGACCCCCUCUCCACAGUCCUCUCCACGCAUCCCCCUGAGGGAAGACAGCUCUACGCUUACUUAUACGCAGUUGUCCAGCGCUCCUCUUUCCAUGGAUGCUAUGAACAGCCUUCCUACAGAUCCUUCCUGUGGUGUUCCCACCAAAAUUUGGAAAACCAGCCCUGACCCUUCAUCAAUGCCUUCCCACAAAAACAGCAUUCCGUGCCACGUCUUUCAGACUGUUGACUUCCACGGGCCCUGCGAGCAGGAGGACAGGAGAAACUCAGCGCCAGAAUCGAUUCUGUUGGUUCCUCCGUCCUGGACAAAGCAACUGAUGCCAGCAAUACCUAUCUGCAGCUUGCCCGUCCAGUCUCUGCCGCCCCUCGAGUGGCCGCUCUCCAGCCAGUCUGGCUCCUACGAGCUGCGCAUCGAGGUGCAGCCCAAGCCCCACCACCGCGCGCACUACGAGACGGAGGGGAGCCGAGGGGCUGUGAAGGCCCCGACUGGAGGCCAUCCUGUGGUCCAGCUUCACGGUUACAUGGAGAACAAACCAUUGGGUCUUCAGAUCUUCAUCGGGACAGCAGAUGAACGGAUACUCAAACCUCAUGCUUUCUAUCAAGUCCAUCGCAUUACAGGAAAGACUGUCACCACCACCAGCUAUGAAAAAAUUAUUGGCAACACCAAAGUUUUAGAGAUCCCAUUGGAACCCAAAAACAACAUGAAAGCAACCAUUGACUGUGCGGGGAUUUUGAAGCUGAGGAAUGCAGACAUCGAGCUGCGUAAGGGUGAGACGGACAUCGGCAGGAAGAACACCCGCGUCCGGCUUGUCUUCCGCGUGCACAUCCCUGAGUCCAGCGGCCGCAUCAUCUCUCUGCAGGCAGCAUCAAACCCCAUCGAGUGCUCCCAAAGGUCUGCUCAUGAACUUCCGAUGGUUGAAAGACAAGACAUUGAUAGUUGCCUCGUGUAUGGAGGGCAACAGAUGAUCCUGACAGGACAGAAUUUCACAGCGGAGUCCAAGGUGGUGUUCACAGAGAAAACUUCAGAUGGGCAGCAGAUCUGGGAAAUGGAGGCGACAGUGGAUAAAGAUAAGAGCCAGCCUAGCAUGCUCUUUGUAGAAAUACCGGAGUACCGGAACAAGCACAUUCGCACACCUGUGAAGGUGAAUUUCUAUGUCAUCAAUGGCAAAAGAAAAAGAAGCCAACCCCAGCAUUUUACCUAUCACCCAGUACCAUCAAUCAAAACAGAGCCCAUUGAUGACUAUGAUCCAGCCCUAAUCUGCAAUACAGUACACAGUGGUCUGGGAACAGUCACACAGCCGUACUAUUCACAGCACACAAUGGUCACCGAGUCCCCUUCCUGUCUUGUGGCCACUAUGGCUCCCUGCCAGCAGUUGCGCUCGGGCCUUUCUUCUCCUGAUUCUCGAUACCAUCAGCAGAAUCCAGCUGCAGUAGUAUACCAAAGAAGCAAGAGCCUUAGCCCAAGCCAGCUGGGCUACCAGCAGUCCGGUUUGAUGGCUACACCGGUUGCAAUUUCAGAUGCCCAUAGGUCAGUGCUAGUGCAUGCUGGUUCCCCAGGCCAAACUUCAGCAGUGCUCCACCACUCUCCAGGCAACCAGCAAUCUUCUCCAGUGAUUCACUACUCUCCAACCAACCAGCAGCUGAGGUGUGGAAGUCACCAGGAAUUUCAGCACAUUAUGUGCUGUGAAAAUUUUACGUCCAGUGUUGCAAGACCAAGCCAGCCCCAAGUCAGUCAAGCACAGAGAUUAAGUCCGAGUUCAUAUCCUACCGUGAUCCAGCAGCAGACAGCUUCAGGCCAGCGGGCAGCAAAAAAUGGACAACCAGUCAGCGACCAGAAGGAAGUGUUACCAGCUGGAGUCACUAUUAAGCAGGAGCAGAAUUUGGACCAAGCGUACCUGGAUGAUGAGCUGAUAGAUACACACCUUAGCUGGAUACAAAACAUUAUAUGAAAAAGAAUGACUGAUCUUUGAUCCAAGCAAUCAAAAAGAAAGUUAACGAAAUUAUCAGGAAGGAAUUUUCUGGACUCCCUGCCAGAAAUCAGACAUAGAAGAAGAUUUGUGAGACAGCUUCUACCAAAUCCUUCCAUAACUGACCUCUUAGAUCCUUCCAGUGCCCCUGCAACCUCCUGCUUCCUUAGCUGUUCAUCUCAAGGCACCAGUUCAAUGCAAGGAACAAUGUACUGGCAUCAAGCUGACAGCCUUGACUAAGCAACUCGCCACCUCUCUCUGUAAACAUGGAAAAGGGCACCCUUCCUUUCGUCCAAAGAUCACAUUGUUCUCAUGUAACAGAGCAUCUGUCUGAGGAAACACUUCAAGCCUGCUGCAAAAAUCUAGCUAUGUAUCGAUGCAUCUAUCUCAGAAUAAGGGAGAAGUAAGAUGGCACUCCUGAAGGCCACACAAAGCAAGGGAGGUUAUAUAUUAGUCUUUAUUUGGGUGGGGUGGGAAACAAGGGAAGAAAGAGUAAUAUAUUCCGUAAAAGAGCAGCGCUGUGCAGCUCACUAACAAUGACUUGCCUUCCAGGUCGCAAAGCCCUUCUGAAAAAUUCUGUUGUAGGAAACUGAGGCAGCUCAUGCUCACUCUGCCUUUAUCCAGUCUGGGAGCAGAGGUUGUAUUUUCUCACCCUGAGCACCAUGAUCAGUAUUUCAAGCAGUAGACGUCAACAGAAUCCGGCAAUUUUCUCCAUUUUUUCUUGUCAGAUUGAACAGGGAUUUGGUGGAGAAGGAUGCUCUGGAGAGCCAGUAAAAAGAGCAGUUCAGCAGCUGCUACACCUGUCUCAAGGUAAAUGAAACCCACGUAAACAGAGAUGAAUGUACAGGAGUCACAGUAAACCCAAAUAUUUUAUGACCUGUCCUCAUUUAGGCAGCAUACGAACACAUCUUACGUAUUUUCUCCCCAAUAAAUUGCUGCUGUUUCUUCUCAUGUAGAGCCCACUGUUGGCUGGUGCCUUGUCUCAUGUAGCAGCUGUAAUGUUUAACCACACAAGCUGCAGAGGAAAAUAAUUGCAUUUCACAGAAGGUGUAUGUUCAAGAAAAAGUAUACACUUAUAAUACUCUAUCUUCAGCACUGCAAAGCUACCAGCAGCUUCUGGAAAGGUUAAAAUUCCAUGCGAGGUAGCAUGCAAGGUUUUGCUUUGUGUGUUUGAAUGCAAUGUACUGACAAAUGCUAAUCACAGUAAGAGCUACCUGCAGCCUGCAGCCGUACAGCUAGCAAGUUUGUAAGAUUUCAGUGCAUCUCUGGUACCCCAGUGGGAUGAAAGCACACCUGGAGUGACUGAUCUCUGCAGUAAGAGGCUGCUGCUCUGUGGGCAGCAGUGGUUUGUGAAUGAGGAAAGCUGCGUUGUUAUGGGCGCUGAGCCUGAACUCGUAGAAAACACAGCAAACCUGCCCUGUUCUCAGCUGCUUCACAGCAGACUUCAGCAGUGUGCCCACGUGCUCACAGCAGCCACUGGGUCAUGUGAAUAUUGAAGACCAGCAGAGCAGCUGCCUGGUUUGUUCCCAGUACUGCAAGAAAGAUGCUUGCACCAAUCCCACAGCCUUCUGCAGGAAUAAAACUGAGGCUGCGGUGCCUUCUGCAUAGUUUAGUUAUUGUUAAACAGCAUUUAUACUGCACAGCACUUCAGCUGGUUCACACGCCUCAGAUGAGCCACUUUUUCAAUUGUUUUUAACCUGCCAUAUUGUUGAAAUCUACCACCCAUCAUGUAUUUUUAAUGCAUUUUAAUGGAUUUUUCAUUUUGAAAACUUGCUAAUGCCAACAGUUGCCUGUCAGAAAUUCUUUACCGCAGCUGAGCAAAAGAGCCCAGAUGGGUCUCUUGGCUUGGAAGGACCAGAAAUGGCCAUCUAGUUUUCCCUGAUCCAACCUCUAAGGGUAAGACAGGAUAAAUGAAAAAAAAACAAAAAUCCAUUCAGAGCAAACCAAAGUCCCCAGGUAACUGACAGAAACAUUUCUUUUGCUGGAUCUCAAAUGAAAUACCAAAGAAUGUGAGCUUCUUUCCAAGACGGGAGCUCUUGCUGCUUUCUGGUGGCUGUCAGAACACAGCUGGCCAUGGCAGUGCCCUCCGUCAGAUCCCACACACCGAAUCCCCAGCAGCCCUCCCUGCAGCAUGCAGUUGCACUACGUGUGUUUGUGCUGUUGACUGAUUUUGUCAAUUUUUGUCCCCCAGAGACCAUUUAAACAUCUUUCUCCCCUUGUUGCUCUGAGGCAUAGCCGUAUAAAGCAGACAAGAAGGCAUGGAGCCUUGCAGAAGGCAGUGAGCCCUCAGCAGAAGCCACGCAGGCUGACCCCAAGCCCUGCAGGGCUCCUGAGCAGGAUGUGCCCUCACCUGAGCAUGAACUGGAAGGUCGGAUGCAUGCUGCUCUGGGCUGUUCUUUUGGGCAGUUUGCUUUGGAGAGCAGGAGAGGGGUUUAUAUAUAUAUAUUUAAUAUAUGCUACAAGUGCUUUACUCAUGCUUGCACUAGCUGUAUUUCCUCCUCCUUUUUAAAGGCAUAGAUACUAAUCUGGACAUGUGUUAGGGUAGAGGCAUAUACAUGUCUGUCUAUAUACUAUAACCACGUAAGAGUAGAUGGUUAUAUAUAUAUGUGUACACAUCCAUCUGUGCUUCUCUCUGACCACACACACCAGUCCUACAGCUGGCUGCAGCUGCGCAGACCUGCUGCCACACAAAGCCAGCUGCUGGAGCGAGGGUUCGUAUGAUGUACAUAAUAUAGACUACAUUUUAGUGGUUUUAUCUACAGCUACGUCAGGUCAGGCUGUGCUACUCUUACCUGCUUUUACAUCCACCGUUAGUUACAUAGAACAGCUUUAACCACUUUAUAUUUAUUUCUGGAGAGAAGGAGUAUCCUCAGACAUAGCGACAUACGUUGUUGUCUCUUUUUAAAAAGAAAACUGAUGUGUUACAGAUAUAUAGCUAGGCUGAAGAACUUCAGAAUACGCAGUACUAAAUUAUUUCCUGUUCUCGCUGAGCAGUGUUCUGCAGUAUUAAUACUUGUGGCAUAACACGCCUCGCUCUCUUUCUGUAGAAGCAUUAGAUUAACCUCGGAAGAGUUAAUGCCAUUCUGUGAGCAAUUUGUUCUCACUUUAUCUGGAUGAUAGCCAUAUUUGCACAUGAGGAAAUUCUGUCUUUCCUCAGUUAUCUGAAUGUUUCACCACAGUGCCUUCCUGCCAUUGUACCAAAGGCCUCCUUGUGUGCAGGGUGUACAACUCUAAUGCAUUUUCCAUCAGAGUUAUACCAUGUGAAGUACGUGGGGCUCAUUGGAACUCAAAGUUCAUCUCUUUCUUUUUUUCUGUGCGUGUGCAUUUUUAUACUUCGUUUUUUCCAUCCGAGCUUUGGCUGCAAGUACAGGAUGAGCUUCUAUAAACGUCUGCAUCAAAUAUAUGAAUGCGUAAAAUAAAACCGUCGUUCACGACGUGUAAACAGUCUAAGAGUGGAAUGGGAGUGGACAGAUACCAGGGAGAUGUUUUUGUGUCAGUUAUGAGUGUCGGAAGCACAGUUUGCCAGGAGAGGAAUUGCUCGUGAAGGCAAUGAAAUACGAAGUCCCAUUUUCGUUUUUCUCCAUGAGAAUAAGCAAAGUGGAAGAUCUGAGCUGCGAUGGGAUGAAGGUGUCUAAUGUACGUGUUGUUCCUGGGAGAAAGAAUGUAGAAGAGCCAUGGGUUUUGCACUUGCUUUGUUUGUAUCCAUGUAAAUAUGUAUCACUUCCAUUCUUCUUGUAGGGAUACGGCAUUUUCUGAAUGUAGAAUAUUUCCAGAAACAGCACUAUGUUAUUCUCUAUUGUAUAAAAUGCUGCUGCUUUAUAACAUAUCUAAAACGGUUCUCAAAUUAGCUAGCAUGUUUUUACAAUGUAUUUUGUAAUCCGUAUCUUUACCAAAAAAUGUGUCUAUGCUUUUGGUCUGGCCAAAUAUGCAACGGCUUUUGAAUUAAGGAUAGUAUUUAUGAAGGGUGGAUCUUCAUUUGUUGAUGCGCAUUAAUUUUCUAUGCAAUUGUUGUGGAAUCGUUAUUGCCCCCCAGAGUCACAUUUGAUCCAUUUUCCAAAGACCUCAAAGACAACUUUAAACACUUUUGAAGCACAUUUCUAAAUAUUUCAAUCUUUUUGUCCCCGCAUUUCUUUCCAAACUGCUUUCUAAUAGAGAACAAUUACCUGCCAGAUGGGAUUCAAGAAAACGACUCUCAUCUUAUUUUCAGAUUUUGAAUUGAUUCGCAUCUUCAUAAAGCUUCCACCACACGAAAUCACCUGGUGUUCCCAUUUACCUGCAGUUCUCUUGGUUAUUCACAUGGCAUUUGGGUGAACUGCAGAUUCCCCAGAAAUUGACUGUUUUCCUCACUGUUUACAUCACACUGAUUCCAUGUGUGUGUGUGAGGCACCUCACAGUGCCCACUGUGACACACGGGGAGUGACAAUCCUUUAUUCAUCUCAGUUCAGAAAGAGUAAUCCACCUGUUGGAAGCUGGCAUCUGUCUUUCACGUCUGCUACUUUUAUCAGUGCAGCAGUGCCAGUCGGUAGGAAUGUCUUUAACCAGCACUCAGUAUCUAACCCAUCUGGUCUAAGAGCCAUUCGUUUUGCCAUUUUCCUUGUUCCUGAUAUACAGAAAUAAAUAAAUUGGGACCAAACCAACAUCGCAGUGCAAAUUGAAGCGAAGAUGCUGACAUUCUAACAGAUCAAACGAGUCACCUGGGGAAAAAGCUCACGUUUCUUUCCAAUCGCUCAAAACAGCCAAAUGGGGCAGAAAGUUCUAGAAUGGCUGAGUCACCAAAUGAAUAAUGUUCCGUGUCACCAGCUGGUGGGAUGAGCAGUCAUUCCUCCAAAGCUGCAAGGACUGAAGAGCUGUUGUAGCAGCGCUGCCAGUCCCUGUACACAGCAGUGUGGUGAGAGCUGGGAUGCACAGCCAGGUACCAGACAGGGGCACUGCUGCGUCCUGGCUGGGACCUGUGUGUGUGUGUGAGAUGAUGAUGUGUUCCCCUGGCUCAGGACACGCAGGUCUCCUUGCAGACACUCUCUGUGCAAAGCCCCGUUAGCAGAUACACAUGCAAGAAAGCAAUCAUCUCUCAGAUCAUUCUAGCAGAUGUCUUUUUAAUCAAACUGUUUGUUCAAAAGCCUAACUUUAAGAACUAAAGAAGAGUUCAUAUCAUUUACAUUCCUACAACAACAUGGUUAACCUCCAAUGUAAUUUUUUUUGCUAUCGUCUGUAAAAUAUUUUUAUAUAUUGCCUGUACUGUGGUAGAUUAGCAAUAAAUGAGAGGAUAUCAUCU